CCAACACACAUCUCCAUCACGAACAAAAUUCAACGGCUCAGAUCAACUCUCUCUCUCUCUCUCACUCUCUCUCCAUCUCCGAAAAGCCGAUCGAGAGACACCACUUUUCAGCGGCCGACCGGUUGUUGUCGUGCUCCGUUCCUCAUCUUCGUCUUCUCCGAUCAGAUCUGUGAUUCGUAUUGGUGUUGAUUUUGGGUUACGCCAUGGCAGCUCCUCCUGCUAGAGCUCGAGCUGAUUACGAUUACCUCAUAAAACUUCUGUUGAUCGGAGAUAGCGGUGUGGGUAAGAGUUGCCUCCUUUUACGUUUCUCUGAUGGAUCCUUUACCACCAGCUUCAUCACAACUAUCGGCAUCGACUUUAAGAUAAGGACAAUAGAGCUGGAUGGUAAGAGAAUUAAGCUGCAAAUAUGGGAUACCGCUGGACAAGAACGGUUUCGGACAAUUACAACUGCAUACUACCGUGGGGCUAUGGGCAUUUUACUGGUGUAUGAUGUCACCGACGAAUCAUCGUUCAACAACAUCAGGAAUUGGAUCCGUAACAUUGAGCAGCACGCCUCUGACAAUGUCAACAAGAUUCUAGUGGGGAACAAGGCUGAUAUGGAUGAAAGCAAAAGAGCUGUACCAACAGCCAAGGGCCAAGCUCUUGCCGACGAAUACGGAAUCAAGUUUUUUGAGACUAGUGCCAAGACAAACUUGAACGUGGAGGAAGUUUUCUUCUCAAUCGGUAGGGAUAUUAAGCAAAGACUUGCAGAUACCGAUGCCAGAGCCGAGCCACAAACAAUAAAAAUCAACCAAGCCGACCAGGCGGCAGGGACGUCCCAAGCUACGCAAAAAUCAGCAUGCUGCGGUUCUUAAGGUUGCCCUCUCCCCUCGGGAGAGAAACGAAGAACUACUUCUGCAAAAAAAAAAAAAAAAAGAUUUUCCUUCAUUUUUCUUACAUAUGAUUUCGAUGUUUAUGCCUUUCAGAUUUCAAAUCCCUAACACAAUAUUCGUCUGUCUUUUUGAGUGUCAACAACACAGAUCAUCAUCAUCAUCUUCCGUAUUUUCUGGAUUUGAAACCUGUGGGGGAUUCAGAAAAUAGAAAAAAGAGAAGGUAGAAUCAAAACUUGUUUGCGAAGAGGGUUUUAGAUGUUGAUUGAAUCGAAUAACCAAUGGGAUAAUGAAAUAGGUAAUGGCUUCGCUUUUA